AUGAAGAAAGCGCAGGAGGAGGUACGAAGAAUUGUGGGAGGGAAGCCCAUGGUGGAGGAGAGCGACCUUCCAAAUCUCGUCUACCUCAAAAUCGUGGUGAAGGAGACUCUCCGCCGCCACCCUCCCGGCCCGCUGUCGUUACCCCAUGAGAGCAUGAAAGACGUAAAAAGUGUGCGGCUACGAUAUCCCCGCCAAGACCACGGUGAUCACCAAUAUAUGGGCUAUUAUGAGGGACCCCACGUUCUGGAAGGACCCCGAGGUGUUCUGGCCGGAGCGCUUUGA